GCCCCUCCUAUUUUAUAAAAGAAAAAAACCCGAGGAAAAUGGCUGCCUUUCUCGUUUAAACCUCUGUCCUAGAAGAAUAAAUAAAUAUGAAAUACCCGGCGCAUAAUGUCAUCCAGGAUCAAGUUAAUAUCCAUGGAAUAUAAGGCGUAGAAUACAUGCGUUUUUAGGAUGUUACGGCGGUCAAGAAUGGAAAAUAUGUUUCAUAUUUAACCCUUUGCAUUCUAUGAUCCGCCUACAAAUGAGAAAAUGAUGCACCAAGUCACUAGCAGCAGCAAUGACUAUUGCAUGAGUGGCCUUGCAGAGGAAUGUCAACACCCAACCAGCCACUUUGAKUUAUGRAGCUCGCAAUCCAACAAAUUCUACCCUUCGCCCCCACCCCCUACUCUACAGCUGCCCCACCCAAACCUGCACAAGCCCAUGCCCUGUCAAAUGCAACAAGAGACCCAGAAUGAGUUCCACCCUCAGGCAGUGAGGAUCCGAGGGCCCGGUGAGGCUCCAACUGGGCCAGAGAGCUCCAAGAAAAAGAAAGGAAGUGUCGUCAAGUCCGGCCGUAGAGGGAGACCCUCGGGGACCACUAAGUCAGCCGGUUACCGGACAAGCACCGGACGUCCGUUGGGGACCACGAAAGCUGCYGGGUUCAAGACCAGUCCCGGCAGGCCCUUGGGUACGACCAAAGCAGCGGGCUACAAGGUUAGCCCUGGCAGGCCUCCUGGUAGCAUCAAGACUCUGGCUCGGCUCAAGAAACUGGAGUACGGGAGCUGUGAUGGUACCAAGAAACUAGGCUUCAGUAAUUGCGUCGGCGGAGCCAAGAAACUGGACUAUGCCAGCUUCGAAGUGGCACCUUUCCCUUACACCCUGAUGCAGAAACGAGGCUUGCGUGAGCCUACUGGCAAAGUGGAGGAAACUAACGAGUAGUUCUGCCUUCGUCUCGUAUCUAUUGCCUGGAAAUCAUAUUUGAGUGCUUGUCCUAAAGGAUGUUGAUGACCAGAAGGGACUCAUGUAGCCAAAAUUUUGGUUGACUUUUGGAUAUGUCUGGCACUGGUUACUAACGAAUGGCUCCUCCUCUCUUAAUUGUACUCUGCUGAUAUUGUCACCAUUUAAUCUGUCUCUAUCCAAAGACUAAAAUCGCUCUCUUUAUUUCAAUAAGUUUGUUAUCUUAUUUUACAGAAAUUGCAUGAUAAGGCAUAUAAUAAAUACAGUCAAUAUACUUUAGCUAAACAGGAAUGAGAGAAAUAGCCUACUAUUCAUCAUAAUCUGGUCAAAUGCUCGCUGUCUGGAGAAGGGUUGAUGUUUUGUUUAAAUGUUUAAAUAUCUGACUUUCAUUCAUCUGUUUAUUUUAUGCUCUGAUAUAAUGUGCUUUUAUCAUUAGUAGUUUGCUUGUCCUCCUGYUGUUUUCCACAUUGAAAAUGCAUCUGAGUAGAAAACAACACAAAACACACUAGCAAAACAUGAAUCUUAGUAGGAAA